AUGGGACACCACCUGGACCUUCUCCUAGGAGUGGUGCUCGUGGCCAGUCCUGUGUUUGGAAUUCCUUCCUGCUCUUUUGAUGGCCGAGUAGCCUUUUACCGUUUCUGCAACCUCAUCCAGGUCCCCCAGGUCCUCAACACCACUGAGAGGCUCCUGCUGAGCUUCAACUAUAUCAGGACAGUCACUGCUUCAUCCUUCCCCUUUCUGGAACAGCUGCUGCUGCUGGAGCUCGGGAGCCAGUAUACCCCCUUGACUAUUGACAAGGAGGCUUUCAGAAACCUGCCCAACCUUAGAAUCUUGGACCUGGGAAAUAGUAAGAUAUACUUCUUGCAUCCAGAUGCUUUUCAGGGACUGUUCCAUCUGUUUGAACUUAGACUGUAUUUCUGUGGUUUCUCUGAUGCUGUGUUAAAAGAUGGUUAUUUCAGAAAUUUAAAGUCUUUAACUCGCUUGGAUCUAUCCAAAAAUCAGAUCCGUAGCCUUUACCUUCAUCCUUCAUUUGGGAAGUUGAAUUCCUUAAAGUCCAUAGAUUUUUCCUCCAACCAAAUAUUCCUUGUAUGUGAACAUGACCUCGAGCCCCUGCAAGGGAAAACGCUCUCCUUUUUUAGCCUCGCAGCUAAUAACUUGUAUAGCAGAGUCUCAGUGGACUGGGGAAAAUGUAUGAACCCAUUCAGAAACAUGGUGCUGGAGACGCUAGAUGUUUCUGGAAAUGGCUGGACAGUGGACAUCACAGGAAACUUUAGCAAUGCCAUCAGCAAAAGCCAGGCCUUCUCUUUGAUUCUUGCCCACCACAUCAUGGGUGCCGGGUUUGGCUUCCAUAACAUCAAAGAUCCUGACCAGAACACAUUUGCUGGCCUGGCCAGAAGUUCAGUGAGACGCCUGGAUCUUUCACAUGGGUUUAUCUUCUCCCUGAACUCGCGAGUCUUUGAGACACUCCAGGAUUUGAAGGUUCUGAACCUUGCCUACAACAAGAUAAAUAAGAUUGCAGAUAAAGCAUUUUACGGACUUGACAACCUCCAAGUUCUCAAUUUGUCGUAUAACCUUCUGGGGGAACUUUACACUGCGAAUUUCUAUGGACUACCUAAGGUAGCGUACAUUGAUUUGCAAAAGAAUCACAUCGGAAUAAUUCAAGACCAAACAUUCAAAUUCCUGGAAAAAUUACGGACUUUGGAUCUCCGAGACAAUGCUCUCACAACCAUUCAUUUUAUUCCGAGCAUACCUGACAUCUUCUUGAGUGGCAAUAAACUAGUGACUUUGCCAAAGAUCAACCUUACAGCCAACUUCAUCCACUUAUCAGAAAACAGGCUAGAAAAUCUAGAUAUUCUCUACUUUCUCCUACGGGUACCUCAUCUCCAGAUUCUCAUUUUAAAUCAAAAUCGCUUAUCCUCUUGUGGUGGAGAUCAAACCCCUUCAGAGAAUCCCAGCUUAGAACAGCUUUUCCUUGGAGAAAAUAUGUUGCAACUUGCCUGGGAAACUGCGCUCUGUUGGAAUGUUUUUGAGGGACUUUCUCAUCUUCAAGUUCUGUAUUUGGAUAAUAACUAUCUUAAUUCCCUUCCACCGGGAGUAUUUAGCCAUCUGACUGCAUUAAGGGGACUAAGCCUCAACUCCAACAGGCUGACAGUUCUUUCUCACAAUGAUUUACCUGCUAAUUUAGAGAUCCUGGACAUAUCCAGGAACCAGCUCCUAGCUCCCAAUCCUGAUGUAUUUGUAUCACUUAGUGUCUUGGAUAUAACUCAUAACAAGUUCAUUUGUGAAUGUGAACUUAGCACUUUUAUCAAUUGGCUUAAUCACACCAAUGUCACUAUAGCUGGGCCUCCUGCAGACAUAUAUUGUGUGUACCCUGACUCACUCUCUGGGGUUUCCCUCUUCUCUCUUUCCACGGAAGGUUGCGAUGAAGAGGAAGUCUUAAAGUCCCUAAAGUUCUCCCUUUUCAUUGUAUGCACUGUCACUCUGACUCUGUUCCUCAUGACCAUCCUCACAGUCACGAAGUUCCGGGGCUUCUGUUUUAUCUGUUAUAAGACAGCCCAGAGACUGGUGUUCAAGGACCAUCCCCAGGGCACAGAACCUGAUAUGCACAAAUAUGAUGCCUAUUUGUGCUUCAGCAGCAAAGACUUCGCGUGGGUGCAGAAUGCUUUGCUCAAACACCUGGACACUCAAUACAGUGACCAAAACAGAUUUAACCUGUGCUUUGAAGAAAGAGACUUUGUCCCAGGAGAAAACCACAUUGCCAAUAUCCAGGAUGCCAUCUGGAACAGUAGAAAGAUUGUUUGUCUUGUGAGCAGACACUUCCUUAGAGAUGGCUGGUGCCUUGAAGCCUUCAGUUAUGCCCAGGGCAGGUGCUUAUCUGACCUUAACAGUGCUCUCAUCAUGGUGGUGGUUGGGUCCUUGUCCCAGUAGCAGUUGAUGAAACAUCAAUCCAUCAGAGGCUUUGUACAGAAACAGCAGUACUUGAGGUGGCCUGAGGAUCUCCAGGAUGUUGGCUGGUUUCUUCAUAAACUCUCUCAACAGAUACUAAAGAAAGAAAAAGAAAAGAAGAAAGACAAUAACAUUCGGUUGCAAACUGUAGCAACCAUCUCCUAAUCAAAGGAGCAAUUUCCAACUUAUCUCAAGCCACAGAUAACUCUUCACUUUGUAUUUGCACCAAGUUACCAUUUUGGGGUCGUCUCCGCAGGUUUUUUUUCUUUUCGCUACUAUGAAAACAACAUAAAUCUCUCAAUUUUCAUAUCAACACCAUGUUCUGUCUCACUAACCUCCAAAUGGAAAAUAAUAGAUCUAGAAAAUUGCA